AUGAGCUCCGUGGCGAAGGCCACCAUGUGUCCCACGCGCUGCAUGUGCCAGAGCCUCUCUCCCUCCUUCACCAUCCUCUGCACCAAGACUGGGCUGCUCUUUGUGCCUCCGAGCAUUGACCGGCGGACGGCGGAGCUGCGGCUGAUGGACAACUUCAUCACCGCCCUGCGGAGGAGGGACUUUGCCAACAUGACCAGCCUGAUCCACCUGACGCUGUCGCGGAACACCAUCAGUCAGAUCAUGCCUUAUGCGUUCUUUGACCUCAAGGGCCUUCACGCGUUGCACUUGGACAGCAACCGACUCACCCACAUCCACGAGGAUCACUUCAAAGGGUUGGUCAACCUCCGCCACUUGAUCCUCAGCAACAACCAACUGAACUAUAUCUCUCCCGGGUCUUUGGAUGAUUUCAUUGACAUGAUUGAGGACCUAGACCUUUCCUACAAUAACUUGGUGAACGUCCCUUGGGAAACCAUAGGGAGGCUGUCCAACGCCAACACCAUCAGCCUAGACCACAACCUCAUAGACUUCAUCCCCGAGGGAGUCUUCUCCAACCUCCACAAGUUGGCUCGGCUGGACAUGACCUCCAAUAAGCUGAAGAAGAUUCCCCCGGACCCCCUCUUCUCUCGCAUCCCUGUCUACGCCAAGCCAAAGGGGCUCCCCUUGUCCUCCCUGGUGAUGAGCUUCGGGGGGAACCCCUUGCACUGCAACUGCGAGCUCGUCUGGCUGCGGCGCCUGACGCGGGAGGACGACCUGGAGACGUGCGCCUCCCCGCCGGAGCUGAUGGGCAAGUACUUCUGGUCCAUCCGGGAAGAGGAGUUUGUCUGCGAGCCGCCCAUGAUCACGCACCGGACCCCCAAGCAGGUGGUCAUGGAAGGCCAGGGGGCUUCCCUGAAGUGCAAAGCGGUGGGCGACCCCGAGCCGUAUGUGCGCUGGAUUUCGCCAGGCGGGAAGCUGGUCUCCAACACUUCCCGGACCGUCUCUUUUGAGAACGGCACCCUGGACAUCUUGGUGGCUUCUGUGGAGGAGAAAGGGACCUUCACUUGCAUCGCCUCCAACGCUGCGGGGGAGUCCACGGCCCCCGUGGAGCUGGUGGUCAACCCCUACCCUCACCUUGCAAACAGCACCAACUGUGAUAAGGAAGCAGAGCCAGGCCCCUCAGACAUCCUCAUCUCCGCCAAGUCCAGCUUCCCCAACGAAACCAAAUCCCAGCCAGAGAGGAAAGUGGUGGUUGCUGAGCUGACCUCCUCCUCUGCCCUCAUCCAGUGGCCUUCGCAGCACCACAUCCCAGGGAUCCGGAUGUUCCAGAUCCAGUAUAACAGCUCGGCUGACGACAUCCUGGUCUACAGGUGAGCAGGCUCCUUUUCCUCACGCAGGCUGAGACCCUCCCUGCCUGCGGACUGUCUUGCCAGAGUGGUGCAAGCUCUAGUUAUCUCCUGCUGGGACUACUGCAAUGCGCUCUCUGUGGGGCUCCCUUUAGGGGUAACCCACUUACCUUCUUGAAAGACCUACAUUGGCUCCCAGUACAUUUCCUCAGCGUCCGGGCAGAACAAUGGGGGUGGGGACGCUCCUUCAGGUCUACUGGACCGAGGCCAUUUAGGGCUUUAAAGGUCAACAUCAACACUUUGAAUUGUGCUCAGAAAUGUACUGGGAGCCAAUGUAGGUUUUUCAAGACUCGUGUUAUGUGGUCUCGGUGGCUGCUCCCAGUCACCAGUCUAGCUGCCGCAUUUGGAUUAAUUGCAGUUUCCAGGUCACCUUCAAAGAUGGCCCCACGUAGAGCGCAUUGCAGUAGUCCAAGUGGGAGAUAAUUAGAGCAUGCAUCACUCUGGCGAGACAGACUGCAGGCAGGGAGGGUCUCCUCCUGUGUACCAGAUGGAGCUGGUGGACAGCUGCCCUGGAUACAGAAUUAACCUGCACCUCCAUGGACACCUGUGAGUCCAAAAUGACUCCCAGGCUGCACACCUGGUCCUUCAGGGACACAGUUGCCCCAUUCAGGACCAGGGAGUCCUCCACGCCUGCCCACUCUCUGUCCCCCAAGAACAGUACUUCUGUCUUGUCAGGAUUCAACCUCAAUCCAUUGGCUGCCAUCCAUCCUCCAACCAUGAAGAGACUUUGUGGGGACACCAUCUUGGCUUGGCUUGAAUUGAGCUGCUUUGCUUCUUUUCAGUCAGAUGGGGACUCCGUGGCAACCUGCCCUUCAGGGCUCGAGGUGGAGGGUGUGUCAGAAAUGUGACGCACCUGAGCAGUUUACAAAAUGCAAGCAAAGUGCAGCAGGAUAAAGCUUGCUGUGACCAGCAGGUUAAUAUUAUCAUAUGUUUAUUUAUACCUCACCAGGUGACUUACAGGGAAAAAAUAGGGAGAGCUCAAACCAUGGAGGAAAGCAAUCCUUAAAAAACAAUUAAACAUUGCUAGGUAGGUGGGAAGGUAGAUUGGUAGAUCACCUACAGAUAAUAAGUAUGUAUUGGGAAUUAGCAGCCAGCAAGGGCAGCCACAAGAGUCUCCCCAAGGGGAAAGAUCAGGGAGGUGGCUCUCUUGUGUUUGGUCACAGGGGGAGCAGAAAACUCACCGCCCCAUUGGGCUUUCCCUUCCUGCUCUUUGUCCCAGGGCAGAGCUCUGAAGGCCCCCCCAUCUCAGCCUGAAAAAGGACCAGGAGUUGCUCCUUCUGCUGCCAGAGCAGCCAGUCAGCCCAUCUCUUUGUUGUCAGUAUUAAUUAUUUUCAUCAUUUCAUUUCAUUUAUUGAAUUUAUAUACCGCCCUGUACCCAGAGGUCUCAGAGCGGUUCACACAAAAGAUCACAAUUUAUAAAAUAAAAAUAAAAGCAAUAACCCAAUAAUAGCCCCCCCAAAGAACCACAUUUUAAAAGGGUAUGGGAUGUUGAUCAGGUCAGCCAAAGGCCUGGUUAAAAAGGAACGUUUUUGCCUGGCACCUAAAGGUGUAUAGUGAAGGCACCAGGCGAACUUCCCUGGGGAGAGCAUUCCACAGACGGGGAGCCACUUCAGAGAAGGCCCUGUUCUUGUGUUGCCACCCCUGAACCUCUCAAGGAGGAGGCACAUGAAGAAGGGCCUCAGAAGAUGAUCUCAGGGUCUGGGUAGGUUCAUACGGAAAGAGGCGGUCCUGGAGGUAAUAAAACUUACGCACCACUUGAUAGUUUAACAAAACUGAAAGUGAGCUACAAGAAGGUAAAACAGCCAAACCCAGAAAAACCUUCAAGCCUGCUUUAAAGCAUACAAAAGUUAAAAUCCUAAAAAAAGAUUAAAAUCACCUCCACUUUCUCAGCAUCUGUCCAAACCAGGCGCCAAAAGGCACCUACAGUGAAGGCACUUGCUUGAGGUCAACAGGCCGGGAGUUCCAAAGGUAUCUCCACACUGAGGGUUUGAGUUCUGAUAAAUGCAGAAAACAGGCAUAACGUGGCCCCUGCCACAGGGCCAGUUCUGCCAAUUGCCUGAGUUUGUGCCUUCGGCCCUCUGCACGCUCCCGGGGGCAAAGGCGCACUGUUCAUGAUGCUUGCGCACUGUUCAUGAUGCUUGCGCUGUGGACUGAGCCCCCUCUGUGUCCCUUUCCCUUGCAGGAUGAUCCCUGCCGCCAGCAAGUCCUUCUUCCUGAGCGACCUGGUUGCGGGGCGGGACUACGACCUGUGCGUCCUGGCCGUCUACGACGAUGGCGUGACGCUCCUGACGGCGACAGCCGUGGUGGGCUGCGUGCAGUUCUCCACGGAGGAGGAGUACCGGCAGUGCCACUCCCUCCAUGCCCAGUUCCUGGGCGGCACCAUGAUCAUCAUCCUGGGAGGCGUCAUUGUGGCUGCCAUCCUCGUCUUCAUCUUCAUCCUCCUGGUGAAGUACAAAGUCUACGCCAACCCCCACAAGAGCCAGGCCGCCAGGGUCAGCAGCGUCUGCUCCCAGACCAACGGCAGCCAGGGCGGCUCUGCGGGGCAGCCGGGCUCCAAGCCGGCCGAGGGGCUGCCACAGGACUGCGUGGUGCUGCCCGCCAGGGGCAAGACGGUGGUUGACCUGGAGGGCGAGAGAGCGGCCCCCGCAGAUGCAGCCCUUCGGAGGAGCGACGGUUUCUCCUGAGAGGCGCGCCAAGCCCUGGCGACGAGCGCAGAACAAUGCCCGGCACGGUUGUCUUUUAAGCGUCAC